GGGAGCACUCGUAGGACGAAAAAUGUCAAAAAAUGAAUUUUGACUAGAUAACUAGAUUUUGCUCAAAAAUAUUUCUCCUCGGAUUAUUAACCCUAGUUUACGUUUUUCAUCUACAAGUACGUUUUAUCAAUCGAUCGGAAAUGCAAACAGCGAUCGAUCUUUGAAUCGACUAAGGUGAAAUUGUUUACAAUGGCGCGUCGGUUACAUCGCUACGAAACAGGAACAAGAUUCUUUUCGACUAAAAUAGCAUGUAAAGGUGGAGAUCGCAUUUCGGCCAGUCAGUGCAGUGACGGGGGUUGACCAGUGAAGAGCCAGGCGAAAAUCGGGACGACAGCCAAACUGCAAAGCAAUUAUAGAAUUGGAUUGGAUCGAAGCGUUCGAGGAGGCCUGCACGAUCAUUUAGUUUUAUUUUGGCUUAGCUUCCGAAGGCAUCCGGUUGUGCAUUCUCCCCGCGAAUCGUAACUCCGGCAAAAACUCGGAGGAGAACAGAAAGCUUGGCGUCACCCGUAUUUCAGAGGAGGAAAGCGGUUCUCGUAUCUUCAAAGAAAAGUACUCGAGGCACACUCCAUAAUGGAGGCGAUCAAGAAGAAGAUUGCAGCAUUGAAGCUGGAAAUGGAUGCGGCCAAUGAGAAGGUCGAGGUUAACGAGACGAAAGCUAAGCAGGAAAAUAUGAGGGCGGAUAAGCUCUACGACGAGGUUCGUGACCUCCAGAAAAAAUUGGCCCAGCUGGAACGCGAUUAUGAUAUUACCAGUACGAACCUCGAGCAAUCCACCAAGGAUCUUGAGCAAUGUGAAAAGUCAUAUACCAAGGCUGAACAAGACAGGACUACGUUGACGAGAAAGGUCCAGGAAAUCGAAGCGAAUCUCCACAAGAAAGAAGAUUUGCGUUUGUCGGCACAGCAGAAGCUCGGGCGGGCAUCUGAGCUUGCAGACGACGCAAGAAGAAUGUGCAAGGUACUCGAGGAUAGGAGCAGACUCGACGAAGAGCGUAUGGAGAAGCUUAUGUCUGAGCUUAAGGAUGCAAGAUUGAUCGCGGAAGAUGCUGAUGCGAAAUCUGAUGAAAUCGCCAGGAAAUUACAGUUCGUUGAAGAGGAGCUCGAAGCAGCCGAGGAGAGAGUAAAGACCAGCGAAGCUAAAAUUGUCGAACGCGAGGACGAGCUCUUCAUCGUGCAAAAUAUCGUCAAGUCACUCGAGGUCUCCGAGGAAAAGGCGAAUCAACGAGUGGAGGACUUCAAGGUACAACUGAAGUCAUUGAAGGUAAAGCUAAAGGCGGCCGAGAAACGUGCCAUUACCGCAGAGAGGACGGUGAAGGAAUUGCUGAAGGAGGUGGACAUAAAGGAAGAUGAGCUGCGCGAGGAGAAGGAAAAGUACAAAGCCAUCUGCGACGACCUCGACUCCACGUUCGCCGAACUCACUGGAUAUUAGAGAACGAGAUGAUCCUUUAUUUUCUACUCCAUUAUGCGCUAUUGUUAUUCUAUAUUCGCUGUUAAUCGAUUGAGCUUUUAUUUCGGUUCUUGGCUUGCACGCCUCUUGGCCGUUUCCCGGGGAAAUACCUUAACGGGGCUUCGUCGCUUAAAAAUAACCGUUCACUAUUGCUAUCGCUUAGGAAGACGCACAGACUGGUCGCAUCCAAAUGCACAAUGCAAUGGCUUCCAUAACUCGCAUGACACUUGCCAAAGUCGAUCCUAGCGAUCGAUCGAUUUACAAUGCCAUUUAUUUUUCAGAAGCCCAUCGAUAUCCUGCGUCCAUCCGCCUCUCGACCAGCGACUCAAUAUAUUUUUCUGUACAGCCGCGACGCUAACGUCACGGAUUACAUGUAUAUUCUCACUUUCAAUAAACUAUGCCAUUCAGCCGGAAGCUUUUGAAAAUUCAUUCCCUGAGAUCCUUAGGGGCGUUAAUUAGCCUGGGUUUCUUUUUUACCUUUAUUCUGGAUCCGACGAAAAAAAAUUCCGUACCUGUAAAACCCUCUGUUACCGCGCGACACUCCUCGUGAAAUAAUCCUCCUUUGUCCGAGUAGACGAAUUUUCAAUUAAAAUUAUUUUAAUUAAAUAAAACUGACUGCGGCAUCUUAGUGCGAACUGUACCUAUGUUCGCCAUUGAUAAUUGGCACGCUCGAAACGGACGUUCAUUGCUUUCGAGUCUUGGAACGAGUAGUAAAGUUUCUAUACUAGGAGGGGGAUUCCCUCGAUUUUAUAGAAAUUGAAAAUUUUCCGCCGGGAGAUCUCGACGCGGAUGGGAAAUUCAGGAAAAGCUCGUUGGCCUAGAAAGGAGAACGGGAGUUGGGUAAACUUUUGUAACGAGCCACGUACCUGCAUGAUAACGUACGGCGAAUGCAUGCGUAAGGAACGGUCUGUCUCGAGACGCUUGAAGAAGUCGAAGAAUUCGUUUGUGUCUAACUAAAGAACUAGACGCUUCGUUCCCUUUGCAUUUUAUCGGAGUCUAUAAAGCAAUGCUCGGUUCGGUCAUCAGGUGCAGUAACCCGCGAGCAUUAGAUUCGAAAGUCAGCCGAGGACCGUAAUUUAUCGUAACGGUUAUCGAUCGGACGACAAAAAAAAAGAUACGAGCUUUAGAUUUACCUGACCUUGAAUUUUAUAUUUUUAAUCAUAUCGAAUAUUAGAUUUUACAUUACCGGAUAUACCUGUCGGCUAAAUUACGAAGGUAUAAUUAUUAAGACGGAGGAAAGAUAAGAA